AUGAACGCGUUGUAUAAUCAUGCCAUCAAGCAGCGAAGUCUUCUAAAUAAAGACUUGGGUAAAUUUGAGAAAGAGCUCGUAACAGCGCCGAUCUCUUUGCAAGGGGCGAUCGCCACAACCCUUGUUUCUUUCGAGAAAACGCUUCAUCAGUACAAGGAACAAUACAAGCAAUAUCAAAUAAAUAGUUCAGAUGACAACGACGAAACUAAACUAAAGUAUGAGACGAGACUUCAGACCUUAACACAGGAUUACGAAGAUGCAAAAGAGAAAUUUACCGAAUUGAAGCAAAAAUACUCAGAAAUUAAUGCGAGAGAUCAGUUGUUCAACCAGCAAGCAUCAAUGGUGGAAGAGACCGUGAUGAAUAAAAGGAACAUCAAUGCUCCUCCGCAAACAUCUUUCGGAAUAGGCGCCUUAGAUCAGAACAGUGAAAGAAUGACUAUCAAUUCGGCGGCUGGUUUACCACUAUAUGAAGGAUUGAGGAAAGAGAACUCGAUCUUUGAGAGAGGCAACGCGCACUUGGACAGAAUAUUACAGAUGGGACAGGAAUCUUUGGAAGAUAUCAUGGAACAGAACAGGGUCCUUCAGAGAUUGCAGUCUCAGAUGACAAAAUCUCUACACGUACUCGGAGUAUCAAAUGAAACAAUCGAAAAGAUUAAUAAGAGGUUGUUCAAGGACAAACUCAUUUUUUACAUUGGUCUCCUAUUGUUAAUCUUAGGAAUUUAUUUCGUCCUAAAAUGGUUCGGCUGA